AUUCCAUUUAAUAUCAAGUAAACAAAGAAUACCUACAGAAAUAUGUCCACAACACAGGCUACCAAAAAUUGCAUCACUUUAAAAGGGUCAGCCCAAAUUAUAGCAGAAUAUCUAAAGUACGGCAUCAAUUCCAUACUCUUUCAAAGAGGCAUCUACCCGGCGGAAACAUUCGAAAGUACACAACAGUAUGGCCUGACCAUACUAAUGUCAAAAGAUCCUAAAAUAGAAGAGUUUUUGCAAAAAGUUUUGGAACAGACAGAAGAAUGGUUGGCCAAAAAUAUGAUCAACAAAAUAUCGAUGGUCAUAACAAAUGCCCAUACCAAAGAAGUGCUAGAAUGUUGGGAUUUUAAAAUGAAUGCCGAACUGGGGGAUGGUGAUACAAGUGAUGGCAGUAAACUGACCUCUUCCAAAGAACUGAAACGCAUACAGAAUGAGAUUCGCGAUGUUAUGCGUCAAAUAUCGGCCACUGUUACCUAUUUGCCAUUGUUGGAUUGUAUUUGUACUUUUGACGUUAUGAUUCAUACGCUACAGACCUGUGAUGUACCAGAAAGUUGGGAUGAAACUGGUCCGGCGUUUAUACAAAAUGCCCAAGCUGUACAAUUACGUUCCUUUUCGACCGGCUUGCAUAAGGUCGAUACUGUAGUUAAUUAUAAAAUGGCGUCAUAGGAUUGAGUUGGUUGUGUUUGAAAACAAUUCCAACAAUCAUUUGCAUCGACAUCAACCUCAUUUUGUUUCUCGUCUUAAAGUAUGUAAUUUAUUUUAUGUGUUUCUAUUUUAUAAAGAAAUUGAUUUGACUUAAAAAUU